GGCGGGCGGUGCCGGUGGUGAAGCGCCUCUCGGGGGGGCCACGUGUUACUCGGCGGUGACCUCUGACCCGCAACCCCACCACUUCCGGCGAAAGAUGGCGGCCUCCACGCCGCUGCUGGCAGUUCGAGGUUCAGAAGGAGUCUAUAUGCUCAGUGGCCCUCCUGCUUAUACAGAAAAUGCGUCUUUUGCAAGGGAUGACAGGAAGAAUUGCAAAGGCUUCACGUUCAGCAAAGAUGGUUCCUUAUUCGCUUGGUGCAACGGAGAAGAUGUAACUAUCGUGAACAGUGUGGAUGGCAAUUUGUUGCACUCAAUUGACCUGCCAAAAGCGACCUUCCUGACAUUCUCCCCACAGAACAGCAUCUUGGCAACAUGGCAGCCAUAUACAACAUCCAAAGAAAAUACACAAGGAGAGCCGAACCUGCACAUGUGGGAUCUCAGCACUGGGCAAUGUCUCAAAUCGUUCUUCCAAAAGAAAAUGCAGAGCUGGUGUCCUUGCUGGUCUGAUAAUGAAAGCGUCUGCGCUCGGAACGUAAACAACGAAGUGCAGUUUUUUGAGGAUAACAAAUUUGAUAAAAUAGCGACUAAACUCCACCUGCAGAAAGUGACUGACUUUGUGCUGUCCCCGGGAUUGCAGCCCAUCAAGGUUGCCGUUUAUGUGCCUGGAUCGAAAGGCGCUCCAUCAUUUGUUCGGCUGUAUCAAUACCCAAACUUUGGCGGCCCCACCUCUGCCUUAGCCAAUAAAAGCUUCUUCAAAGCUGACAAAGUGACAAUGCUGUGGAACAAGAAAGGCUCUGCUGUUUUGGUGAUUGCCAGCACAGAUGUGGACAAGUCCGGAGCAUCGUAUUAUGGUGAACAAACCCUGCACUAUAUAGCAACCAAUGGAGAAAGUGCAGUAGUACAGCUACCCAAGAACGGCCCUAUUUAUGACGUGUCCUGGAACCCCAAUUCACUGGAGUUUUGCGCCGUAUAUGGGUUCAUGCCCGCCAAGGCUACAGUUUUUAACCUGAAGUGCGACCCCAUCUUCGACUUCGGCACUGGGCCUCGGAACGCUGGCUUCUACAGCCCACAGGGACACAUUCUGGUUCUGGCCGGCUUCGGGAACCUGCGGGGACAGAUGGAGGUCUGGGAUGUUAAACAGUACAAACUGAUCUCCAAGCCUCAGGCGAGCGAUACCACCUUUUUCUGCUGGUGCCCGGAUGGCGAGCACAUCGCAACUGCCACCUGCGCACCGAGACUGCGAGUCGGUAACGGCUAUAAGAUCUGGCACUACAGCGGCGCUGUGAGGCACAAAUACGAGGUGCCGCCAAACGCUGAACUCUGGGAGGUGCAGUGGCAACCGUUCAAGGACGGGGCGUUUCCAGAGAAACGCAUCGAGUAUCAGACAGUCCCCACUGACUCACUGACCAUCGACGCUAAGCCUGCACAGGCUUACAGACCACCUGCCCUGAGGGACAAACCUGUGACCAGCUCCAAACUGCAUGAAGAAGAACCACCUCAGAACAUGAAACCACAAAAUGCGGACAAGCAGCUCUCGAAGGCGGCUCUGAAAAAUCAAAAGAAACGUGAGGCGAGAAAGGCAGCGAAACUGGAGAACAAACCUGAAAUCCAGGAAACUCCACCUGAACCUGAGGCCAGAGCAGUCCAGUGUAUUGAGGGUCACGGGGACCCGGAGGUAGACAAGAAGAUAAAAAACAUUAAAAAGAAAUUAAAAGCUAUAGAGCAGUUGAAGGAGCAGCAAGCGUCUGGGAAGCAGCUGGAAAAGAACCAGAUGGAAAAAAUCUUAAAAGAGGACAUCCUGUUGAAGGAGCUGGAGGAUCUGGAGCUGAGCGUGUGAUUGGCCUCCGCGGACACCCACUCGCCCGGCACGGCAUUCCCAUCGUAACAUUUUAUUGGGGGGAAGGGGAGAAGCCUACACUAUGCAAUGUAAAAGGUUUGAAUAGUUUAAAGCAAAUCUGUGAUGUUAUUACGAGAAAAAAAAUAAAGGUCUAUCUCUUCUGGAUUUAAAA